GGGCCUCGCUGCCGCCUGGCUGGAGGGGGGCCUGCACUCAGUUGGGCCGAGGACAGAAGAGCCCAAGGGCUCUUUGCCGCCGCUGCACUGGGCUUGCCCCUUAGCCGGUAGCAGCAGCUCCCGACUUCUCUCCCGCAGUGCGGCGCAGGGGCCGGGGAUCGGGAAGGUGGGUGUGAGCGGCGCGGCCGGGGGCGGGACGGGAAGGCGCGGCCCUGGCCGAGGCCCAGCUUCUUCCGCCGCUUUCUGCUGCCGUCGCCUGCGUGUCGGGGAGAAGCCCUAAGUAACAGAUGCGGGUAAAAGAUCCAUCGAGGGCUAACCCUGAAAAAAACAAGAGAAACAAAAGGCCUAAUAGGCCUCAGGAUGAAGACUCUUCAGAUGACAUUGCAGGUUUAACCUGCCAACAUGUAAGCCAAGCAGUGGAUGUGCAUCAUGUGAAGAGGGCAGUAGUUCAGAAUGUUUGGUCAAUAUGUUCAGAAUGUUUAAAAGAAAGGCGAAUAAAUGAUGGCGAUCCAAUGAUUCCUUCUGAUAUAUGGCUGUGCCUCAAAUGUGGCUCUCAGGGUUGUAGUCAAAACUCUGAAGGCCAGCAUUCUCUGAAACAUUUCCAGACUGCUCGCACAGAACCUCAUUGCAUUGUAAUCAAUCUCAGCACGUGGAUCAUAUGGUGUUAUGAAUGUGAUGAAGAGCUGUCAACACACUGCAACAAGAAGGUUUUGGCUCAGAUAGUUGACUUUCUUCAGAAACAUGUUUCUAGGACUGAACCAAGUUCAUCGUCAAAAAUUAUACGACUUCGAGAAGAAAAUAAUGAAGGAAGUGAAACAUUGAAAGGAAGAAGUUCUGCAAAUGGCACGUCGAUUCCAGUUAAGGGAAUAAAUAAUUUAGGAAAUACAUGUUUUUUUAAUGCUGUCAUGCAGAAUCUGGCACAGACUCACAUGUUAAAUGAACUAAUGUAUGAGAUGAAGGAAAAGGGAAUAAAGUUAAAAAUCAGUCAAGCUGAAGAUGCGCAAUUGGAUCCUUUGGUGGUGAACCUCUCAAGCCCUGGACCAUUGACUUCAGCCAUGUUCUUGUUCCUUCACAGUAUGAGGGAAGCUGGCAAAGGCCCUCUUUCUCCCAAAGUUUUGUUCAGCCAGCUCUGUCAAAAGGCCCCUCGGUUUAAAGGAUUUCAACAGCAGGAUAGCCAAGAGCUUCUCCACUAUUUGUUGGAUGCAAUGAGAAUAGAAGAAACAAAGCGUAUACAAGCUGGUAUCUUAAAAGCAUUCAACAAUCCAACAACUAAAACUGCAGAUGAGGAAACUAAAAGAAAAGUUAAAGCAUAUGGAAGAGAGGGUGUGAAGAUGAACUUCAUAGAUAGGAUCUUUGUUGGUGAAUUGACUAGCACUGUCAUGUGUGAGGAAUGUGAAAAUAUUUCCACAGUAAAGGAACCUUUCAUUGAUCUUUCACUCCCUAUAAUAGAGGAGAGGGUCUCAAAACCCAUGCCUUUGGGAAGGACAAGUAAAUGUAAAAACAUACAAGAAGCAGAUCUUGAUCAGUUCAACUGCUCUUCUAUUACUGUGCCAAAUAAUCAACAACCAAAAAUCACCAGGAGACACUCUUUAACAAAAGAUAAGAAUCAGUUAAAUCAUGAAAGAAGUCUUGCCAGGAAAUCCUCCUCUGGGGAGGAGGAGAGAAGUCCAGUUAUCAUGCAUGAAAAAAGAAAGCUUGAAGUAGAAGGUGGUUCUGGAGUUUUGUAUUCUGAGGCCAUAAAUACAGCUACUGUAUCCACAGCAAAUGGAAGUCAGACUGAAGGCAGUGAAAAAGAAGUCAGCCAUUCAGAAAGUAGCGUUGAUGCAGACAGCGAAGCCUCAGAAGGUGAAAGUGCUGCUAAGCGAGCAGUUACUGGUAGAUCUAGUAACGCAUCUGGUUUGCACGUUGACGGGCUUAACCACUUGGUAAACAUUAGACUGCCACACAACAAACCAAGUGACUGUAAUAAUGAGAUGAUCACCAGUGCCAUAUCCAAGCUCAGCUUCAACAGUAUUGUAAAUGAAAGUGAAGAACCCAUCAGUCGGGAUCCAUCAUUAAGUUUGUCAAACAAUUCCAUGUUUUCAGUGGAAAAGUCUCCUUUGUCCCAAAGCCCUCAAAAUGCUUUUCAGACUCUUUCUCAAAGUUAUAUAACUAGCUCUAAAGAAUGUUCUGUUCAGUCCUGCCUCUACCAGUUUACAUCUGUGGAGCUGUUAAUGGGGAACAACAAGCUUUUAUGUGAGAAUUGUACAGAAAGGAAACAGAAGUAUCAAAAGAAAACUCACACCACAGAAAAGAAAACCGAAGGCUUAUACACUAAUGCCCGGAAGCAACUGCUGAUUUCUGCAGUUCCUGCCAUUCUUGUUCUCCAUCUGAAAAGAUUCCACCAGGCUGGUUUGAGUCUACGGAAAGUAAAUAGACAUGUGGAUUUCCCACUGAUUUUAGACUUAGCACCAUUUUGUUCCGCUUCCUGCAAGAAUGUUACAGACGGAGCAAGAGUUCUGUACACUCUUUAUGGAAUAGUGGAGCACAGCGGCUCAAUGCGAGGCGGUCACUAUGCAGCAUAUGUGAAAGUCAGAACACCUUCCAAGAAAUUAUUGGAGCAUAUUGCUAGCAAUAAAAAUGUUCAAGGUUUAAAGGAAGCUGUGGGAGCAUCAGCAGGACAGUGGGUGUAUGUUAGUGAUGUCCAUGUACAGAUGGUUCCAGAAUCAAGAGUACUAAAUUCACAAGCUUAUCUGCUGUUUUAUGAAAGAAUAUUGUAAGAGUGUUUACCAGUUUAAUUUGAAAAAUGGUAAUGGUUAUUUGGUCUAUCUUACUUAAAUGCUGCAGUGGUUGCAGUACCUGUAAAUAUUGUGCCUUAAUCUGCCCUUUAAUAGAAAACGUACCAUACUUUGACCCUGAACUUCAAUCAAGCUAAUUAUCAACACCCCAACACUAGCUUAAAAAUGUACAUUUUGCUAAACAUUAAAAUUCCUGAACUCCCUGUAUCAGCGAGAGAGAGAGAAAGUGAAACACAGGAUGAAAUCCUGGCCCUGUUGAAGUCAAUGGGAGUUUUGCCAUUGAAUUCAGUGGAGCCAGGAUCUCACCCCUGAUUUUUAAACCAGUUAAGAAUGAAAAUGACAUUGGUAAUGUUAAGUGCCUGGAAUCCCAGUGGACAGUAAUAAUGCAAAAUUACUCCUCUUCUGUGGGAUUUAGUUCAGAUCAUACAAAUUGCUGGGUUAGAUCUUUUGUCUUAAGAUUUCUACAAACAAAUUUGCAUCAUGGUAUAUUUCCAGACUUCUUAUCUGGAAAGCAGUGCUUCCAGAAUUGGACAACAUUGAUUGGCUAAUGCUGCAGUGUAAUUUCCUGAUGUAUUACUGGGAAAACUUAAAAAUAUAGCAUCUACCAGUUCAUGCUUCCUGAUGGCAAAUAAAAUAUUUAGGGUUUGGAUUCUCUCAAAAACCCAAUUCGGUUUGAUACACUUGCUCUGAGCCAUCUCUGAAUGGCAUUAUUAUAUGAAUUUUCUACCCUCUUCUUACCUGUGGAAUAACCUUGCUGUAUGUCUGUCAUUUCUAAGUCUACUGAUUUAAUAUGUAGCCAUCGUAUUUAUUCAAAUAAUUCUGUAUUUUAGUAAAAACUGCUAUACUUUGGUUGUGAUUACACAUGUACAGUAUAUAGUGAGAUUGUGUGUAUAUAUACAGAGUUAUUCAAGCACGACUGGGUAAUUCUGUUACUAAUUAUUGGUUCUAAAAACAAAUUUGUUCGUCUGUUGCUGAUUACUUUUCUCACAGAAGUAAUAAAUGACAAAUUAUUUUUGCAGUGUGUGUGAGAGUUGGACAGUAGAUGACAAAUUCUGCCCUCAAAUAGGUACGAGCAACAACCGUUGAAGUCAGUGAAGAAGGUGAGGAGGUCCAUUGGCAGAAUUUGUCCCUAAUACUCUAGCUGCAUAGGGUAUUGUGUCUGCCAUAAUGCCAGCACUUAUUUUUCUUGGCAGCCCCAUUAUUUCUGUCCCAAAUGUGAUAGACAAUCAUUUCUGUCAGUCUUCGGCCUUAUAAUUAAACUGGUUAUUUUAAUUUUUAGGUAAUCUGAUAAUUUAUUGAAGUUAGCUAACUCAUAACUAACUUCUGUUUAGCUUGCAACCCAUCUGUCACAACUGCCGAUUUAUUUGGUAAAUAAAAAGCUUUGUGUUUGUUUCUGUUUACUGUUUCAACAGUAGAAAUAUUUAGUUUCAUGGUGAAAAUUAAGUGCCAGUCCUCCUCACCACAGCAUUCCCUACUGCAGAACUCUGAACUUCUAGUGCAGCAAUUAAAGCAGCCUGCAGUGUACAGAUAGCCAAAUCCUACCUCUUACCCGAGGGAUUCAAGGUGUGAAAAGCAGCAGGAGCUACCAUAGUUACCUAGCUCAGAGGUAAGGAGCAGAAGCUGCACAAGGGGACUCCGUAUUGCACAUGGUGCAGCACAGUGUUCCAUGGCAGCAUACACUGCCAUGUAGAUUCACCUGGCAAAACUCCAAUGUGGGAAGGCAGGAGGUAAGCUGGCAUAAAUGUCUUAGAGCCUGUGGGCUGUAUAGCAGAUAGGGGGAGCUAAUGGCUAGCUGCAGCUAGUUGGUCAUACCUUUGUUUAGAAGAAGUUGAGGUUACAGCAGGGUUAGCUAAUAUACGUUGGCUAACCCAGACACACAUUAAUUUGAAUCCCCCCCGCCCCCGAGUAAAUUCAAAUUAAUGCCUCUGACCUCAGUUUAGCUGGUCUCGGUCAACCGUUGUGGGAGCCUAAGGUUCAACCUCAACCACCCAAGUGAGGUAAAAAGUCUUGACCUUAGUCUACACUAGGGAAAAUUUCAUGGGGAGGUUGGAGUUAAUUAACAUAUUAGUUACCUUGACCUCUUUUCCUAAUCUAGAUAAAGCCACACAGGGUGCAGAGAGGUGUUCUUUUCUCUCUCUUUUUUUUUUCUUUUCUUCUUCUGUUUCUACACAGUUAGUUGAAACUCAUAAGAUUAAUGUGGAUGGGACUCCCAACAAACAAAAUGUGUCACCGGGAUGCUGACAGAGAAGUUUCACCACGGUGACAGACUCUCCUCCACAGAACACCAAUGGUCCAGUAUUAGAAUCACUGAAUUUACAUACAUAAAUCUCUAACUGGCCAGAUGUUCAGCCUAGCACUACUCUGUGGGAUGCAAGACUGAAGGAUCCAACAGCAGAGAUUUUCUUGGCCCCAGUCAGCCCCAAGGAGAUCACUUUGCAUGAGGUCAUGGAGUCCUCACAGAGCUGGCCUCUGCUCCUCUCCAAUGUUUGCACCCACUGUGUGGCCUGUCUAAAUUCUGCUCCCAAGGCAAUAGAAAUGCCUGGGUUCUGCUGCCAGGGAUCCUGCUGCAGCUGUGGAAGAAGAGGGACAACUUGCCUAUUAGGGCUCAGGCACACAUUUCCUUACUUUUAUGCUGCUUUAGAGGCUUGUCAGCAAAAAAGAUGCAAAAAAGUAAAGUGAAAUGAUGUGAAAACAGAAUCCAAUCCUAAUAUUAUAAGACGUACAUCUAUCCAAGAUGCUUGUUACUCUCCCUGCUGGAGUUCUGGUAUUGGCAGUAAACGCGACAUGAGCUAAAACACAAAAAACACUAGCAGUGUGUGGCGGAAGCUACAGCAAAUAUGGAGAAAAAAUUAAUUUGAAACUUCAGAAAACAUCCUCUGCAAUGGAUUUAUAGCUUUAUAUGGAGAAUUACUUUGGUAAAAUGACAGUGAUGCCUGAAGCCACAGACUUCAAGCCUUAUGUCUCCUUCAAUAACUUUUUUUAACUACUUAAGGCAAUAGUUUUCCCACAGUAAACCUUACUCUGUUUCUUACUCCAAACAAACAAAAAUCUGUUAAUAGCUCCACAGCUACACACGUUCUGCAUCAGGAAUUGAGAGAGAAGAUGACACAGACUUCCAAAGGUUCUAGUGACGUAGUAUCCCAUACUUGCUAAGAUUUGAAACAUUUUUCUAAGGACAUUUUUUUUCAGAUAAACUGGACAAUCUGGGAGCUACUAGGUUCCUCCAGCUGCCUCAGGAUUCUGUGUGCAUUCUGUUGCAUGUUAGGCUAGUAUGAAACUGCUCCUGCCUUUUCCUACCUACCACUACCCUUCGUGCUGUAUCAUGAGGUUGCAACUGAUGCAUUUUCAAAGCCCCCAAAGAUUCAGUAUUUGGAUAAGCAUCCUAAAAUAGAGAUGCUUUUCCAGUGGUGCUAGAACAAUUUUUAUAGUGGGGGUGCUGAAGGAAGAAACCAUGUAUUUGGGUUGUUAUUACUACUUCAAGCCAAGGGGUGCUGCUGCACCCCUACUUCCAGCACCUAUGUACUUUUCCAGAAUAAUGAAGUCUCCCUCCGGGGCCCAAGGGUAGAUCAUAACUAUGCCUUACUGUUGUAUUCUUGCAGAUACAAGAGGUAGUAUAGCCUGCUACUGCACCUGGAGUUGUCAGGGGCUGGAUUCCUCUGCAAUCUUUGUAGGGGAACAGUCCUCUUCUAUCUGUCCCAUCCUACACUUUCCCAUCCCUCCUUGUGAUGUCUCCUCCUCCUCUCACUCUGACACCAAUGUUUCCCUUCCUUACCUCUACAUGGAUAACUUUUGGUUAUCCAUGCUGUUCUACCAGCCUCUAGAAUUUGUCUGUCAGUCACCCCUCUUUUAUCUCUUCUCACUACCAUCUGAAUUUCUUGAUCUACUGGAGCCUUUGGUGGGGUGCUCAACUUACAGACCUGCUACUCAUACUGCCUUUCUGUGGAAUGUAGUAUGGGUUGUAGAAAGGCCUGAGAAGAUAGAGAAGCAAGUAAUGGCCGCUGAGCAACUCCUCUGCUGGCCAGCUGCAGGAACUUGAUGGUGUGGAGGAUUCCCAGUAUGUGGGACAGACAAAAAGUUCUGCCCAAAAUGGGACUGUUGGCAGGUGUGAUAGUGUGUGCAUGGUAACUAUCCCUGUUUGGAAGGUAGAGUCCCUAUAUUUUGAAAAAAUUGGUUCCCACUGGCUACCUCCAGAAUUUUUAAUCCUGUUUUGUUUUGUUUUUUCAAUAAAGUAAACCUAUUUUUUCUUCCCAAAUGUCCCUGUUUUGUGGAUUUCAAAUGUUGGCAAGUAUAACAAUGGUUUAUAAAGUCAUCAGAAGUUUGAGAUGUCUUGUAUAUCUUUGUCACCAUUUUCUUCUCCAAUGGACUUUAUAUUCAAAUACUACUACAAACUGACAUUUUAAAUGCUAAAGAGGUUAAUGUGCCUAUGUCUACUAGAGAAAAAAAAACUAACUGCUCAAAUAAGAUUUUAACAACAGAAACUAAGCUCUUGAAACUAUAAAAACUUAUUUCUGAAAAGGAACUCCCAGCUGGAAUGAUGUGUAGAGGAUGGGGAGGGCAGAUGGAGGAGACCUACAGCAAAUGUAAAGAUUAGAAAACAGGUGUUUGGAUAUUUAACAAUUUACCACACAGUUGUGCAAUGGUCUCAUGAAACAGCUUUAUGUUGAUAUAGCAGUAGCUGUGAAAUACAUUUUUCACCAGCUGGUAGUUGAUUCUAGAGAUGCUUCUUGCCAUAUCUAAGUUUGCACAUAGUUUUAUAAAUCUAUACAAAAGGGACAACAUCAAGUUGCAAUCUAAACAGUUUUUAAGAUGUGGUUAAGUAGUUUGUUACUGCAUCUGAAUCUCCCUGUCUGUCCGUGGUUUUGCAAUGACAUUUUCACAUAUUUAAAAAAAGAAUUUCUUUCCCCUGUUGCUGUGUAAAAGACUCAGACAAACAAUGGGAAGCUGAAAGUGCUGUUAAGUGGACAAAGUAAACAAACAAACAAAAAAACUCUAAUUUUUUUCAGUUAUAAUAAUUUUAGGUGGCAGUUGUUACAAUAGUAGGUAAGACCAUGUUCAGAAAGCAGUGUAAUUUUUAAUUGAUGGUGUCCCUGUAAGAGCAAUUAUUUGCACAAUAUUUUGCGGGAAGCCCCCCCCAAAAAAACUAAGCAGAAUUUACUUUGUACGUGCAAUAAAUGAGCCUAAUUAUAACUGUAUUUUUACACUUGGGAUGACUUGUAUAUAAAUUGUCAAUAGAAAUAUAAGUAUUAAUAAUAGAACAGAAAUACAAUAAUAUAUUCUAAUUAAGAAUGUUUCUUCCAUUUAUUGCAACUUCAUAUUUUUAUUCCAUUAUGUUUGUAAUACAAAAUAUUCUGCAGUAAUAUUGUUUUUUUGUUUUUUUUUAAAGAAAAAUUACUGCACAUCCUGCUUAUGAAAGAAUUUAUUUUGAUAUUUAUUUUUGGAGACUCUUACAUGAAAUCAUAGUGCAUAUUUAUAACCCCAUUGUUUACAGUUGUAUUAAACUCUGGUUUCUGAAUUGUGUAACCUGACAUUGCAAUGAGCUCUAUGUGCUACUCUGGGGGGAAUUCUCUGCCACUGUGUAUGCGCAGAAUUUGUGUACCCCACAGAUUUCUUUACUUUCCCGCAGAAAAAUGACUUUCUGAUGGGGGAAGCAAAGGGAAGGCAUAAGAGCGGUAAUGCGACCUUCCCCAGCAGUAUGUUUUGGGUGCCCAGGGCAGCUAUCAGAGAGGUAAAUCACUGUGGGAUGGGGUGGGACAGGGGAAGACCUGGCUGGUGGCUCCUACCCUGCGCUGGGCUUGACUGCUAGUCCUGACUGGGCUGGAGAGGAUGGGACUUCCUCUUCCCCCUGCACAGCAUAUGUAUCAGACCCACCCCCAGAUUUCUCCCCUGACUGCAAGCUCUGCAAACUCUUCCCCCCCUCCCCCCCAGCUCCUCAGCUGUGGGAGAAGGGAUUACUGUACAGGGAGCUGCUCCCAUAUCUGCCCAACCCCCGUGCAUCCAGACCCCCUCAUACCCAGACCCUCCCGCCAAGCCUCACUCUACCCACCCUCCCGAGCCUCAACCAUCUUCACCUGGACCACCCUGCAGCGUCCCAUUACCUUUGCACCCAUAACCUUCCAACAAGCCCCUGUGCAUCCAGAUCCCCCCUGCACUCAGUCCCCCACUGAGCUGCCUGCACCCAGAUUGCCCCACACAGAACCUUCUCAAUCUACACCUGGAUCCUCUCCACACUUGGAUCCUGCCUUGCUGGGCCUGCCUGCUCACACCUGGUGCACCUGGCAUGGGGGGCGGGGCCCUGAGGUGUUUCUGGGGCAGGCCCACUCCUUGCAGUGUGUCAGUGUUGGGUGCAGCCUCACUGCUGAGUCCGUGUCCCGGGUGGGAGCUGCACAGUGAUCUUCCACCUCUGUGGCCUGUGCUCCCCAAUGCCAUGCUGGAGCCUCCACAUUUAUUUGGCAAAUAAAAUUUUCAGAAUUUUAAAAUAUUGUGUGCAGAAUUUUUUAUUUUUUGGCGCAGAAUGCCCUCAGGAGUAAUGUGCAGUCAGACCCUGUACCUAUGCAGAGCUCAUUACACCACUGGGAUAUUAAUUCCCUAAUUAACUAUUCUGCAAAGGAAGGCCCAAUCCUACAAACACUUAUGCCUGGGAACAGCCCAAUUACAUUCAAAUUACUCAUCCCUGUAAGUGCUUGCAGGAUCAUAGAUCUAAGCAAUCAAAAACCUGUGACAUACUAAUUCUUUAAUUAUUUGCAAUAAACAGGAAAUAAAUCAAAUAUAUAUUUAAAUGCUGAUUGUUAUUCCUUCUCUUCUCUUCACCCAUUUUGGCUCAAUACCGGUACUCUUACUCUUGCAUCUGUCAAAUAUUUCUAUGAUCAAAAGGCUUAAUUUUAGAUUUAUAUUGCAAUGUUAAAAUGCUGCUUUCUUUUACAGUUUUGUUUGUAGACUGAUGGUACCAAAUCUUAUUCCUAAAGAAAAUAAGGACUUAACUUCAGGCUGGACAUUAAAAAUCAGUUUUUGCAUUUCACUUUGUUCUCUUCUCUCUGUUUUUAUAUCACCUGGCAAUAUCUUAAGUACCUUCACAAUGUAAUUUUUUUUUUUACAGAAUAAAGAUACCACUUGUUUCAUACCCAUCUUGUUUUUUGCAUCUGCAGUGUAUGCUGUGUACUUAAAUAUGUGAAUAAAAUAUCUGAACAUUUGUAGAACUUA